CUCGCACAUAAAACUAUUUUUGACAGAUGUCAUUUAUAAUAUUUGUGUAGCGUUCAAUUAUGCAAGCAAUUUAAGUUUAUUGUUAUUUAUGAGCUGAAAUGAUUGUGAAUGUAACGUGAGAUACGACAAUAAGUGCCCUCCACACCGAUUAUAAUGUGAAUUCGACGUACUCAGAAGGAAUCCAUACUUGAUGAAGGCCGGUUUAUUUGGAAAAGCACGAAGAGUUUAUGUUAGUGGUUUCCAACCAUGCCCGUUCCCCCGAUUCCCACAGUCAUCGAGCCUGACGCAGAAUGUCGAAGUGUCACAGACAGUGUCGGCUCGCAUUCGGACAUAUCGGGGCACACGCUGCAAGCGCCUAACUCCAUCAUGACCAGGCCCCACAUGGACGUCGUCUGUGUCAUAGACAUCUGCCAGUCGGGAAACCUGCCCCAUCGGAAGAAGGCCUUGGACGAGGUGAAUCAAGCGUGUCUUCAGGUCGGCGCCACCCUCAACCACAUUCAGUUCGAGAAGUUGGAUUUCGGAGAAGCCAACGUCGUUAGCAGCUUUUACAAUGCAGACAUGGUGAUUGUCGAUGUGUCGUUGGCGGUGCAGAAGAGCACGCUGUCUUACCACCUAGGGGUGAGGGAAAGCUUCAACAUGAAACACAACAUCUUGAUUUACAACGACAGAGACGCGGAAGUGACUGAACGACUAAAAUGCUCUACUCAGUAUCCAUGCAUUUCCUAUAUUUUACUCGAUGACGGCGGAUGUGUCACCACAGGAAGAUCGAGCGAUAGCGGAGAACUUUUAAAUCAAAGAUUGAAACGAUUAUUACAAGAUGUGGAGAUCCAAAGCAAAGCACACAUGAAGGAGAAAUUUCUAUCCGACUUGAAAAAACUCAAGGAACAAAAAAACGGCGAUGAACUUCAAAAGUCUUUGUAUAAUAUCAGGAAACGUUUAGAUGAUCCUAAUGUUCUCUCAGGGGAGGUUGUUUUAAAUAUGUUGUUUUGCUUUCGUGACAUACAAGAUUAUAACGCCAUGGUUCACCUUGUGGAUGAUUUAAAAACACUUCCAACAACAAAGAAAUAUGUAAAUUCGUAUAUUCUGUAUUUGUACGCUUUCGCUUUAAAUAGGAGGAAGCAAGCUGGAGAUAGGGAAAGAGCUUUAAAUGUUUGCAUUGAGGCGCUGAAAAAGAGAGAAAAUCACUUUCCGGAUAUGAUAUGUUUGUGUGGCAGAAUUUACAAAGAUAAAUUUACCGAGUCGGAUCAUAAGGAUCAAAUUAGUUUAGAUCAAGCUAUUUACUGGUAUAGAAAAGGUUUUGAGGUGCAGCCUAAUGAAUAUGCAGGAAUAAACCUAGCAACAUUACUAGUAAUCGGUGGCGCCGACAUCAACGGAAACGAAGAACUCCAACGCAUAGGCAUGGUCCUAAACAAUCUAAUAGGCAAAAAAGGAAGCUUAGCCUCCCUCCAAGACUACUGGGACGUAGCCACCUUCUUCGAAAUCUCGGUACUCUUCCAGCACUACUCCAACGCAGUCCAAGCAGCUGAAUGCAUGUUCAAACUGAAACCACCAGACUGGUAUCUAAAAUCCACAAUCGGCAACAUCCAACUAAUCGACAAAUUUCGCAAAAAACGCGACGAAGAGGGCCCUCCUGAAGAAAAAAUCUUCCACUUCUGGAUGGAGUUCUUCAUAGAAGCCACCAAACCGCCGCCCGAAGAUAGCUUUCGUUUCCCGGCACUGAUCCUCGAACCGAGCAAAGAGUUCAUGCCGAGCUACGUCUGCGUGAACCUGGGGGCCGAUCCGCAAACACUACAAGUGACGAAUCUCUGCGUGAAAAGCCUGAAAAACAACUGCACCCAAAUCCACAAUUGGGAAUUCACUGCCAAUAAUAUUCGUAGCGUGAGUUUUUACAAGCGCGACGAACGUUGCCUGUUCCUAUACGUCCACCACAACUCCGACGACUUCCAAAUUUUCUUUCCUUCGGAAAGUUGCAGAGAGUGCUUCUAUAAGUUGAUUUUGGAGUUGACUGAUCAUCAAGAGGGCUUGGUGGAGUCGGAGCCGCCUCGCGAUAUUAGAUACGAGUACGAACGGGACGAACAGGGUAAACGUAUAGUUUUAGGUAGAGGCACCUACGGUGUCGUCUAUGCCGCUCGAGAUUUAAACACACAAGUGAGAAUCGCUGUUAAAGAAGUACCUGAGAAAAAUCUAGGGGCCGUACAACCACUACACGAGGAAAUAAGACUACACUCUCAAUUGAGACACAGAAAUAUAGUUCAAUAUUUAGGAUCAUUAUCCGAAGACAACUAUUUUAAAAUAUUCAUGGAACAAGUACCUGGAGGAUCUUUGAGUGCCUUGCUUCGCUCAAAAUGGGGGCCUUUGAAAUCCAACGAACACACGAUGGUGCAUUACACCCGUCAGAUUCUUGAAGGACUCAAGUACCUUCACGAUCAAAAAAUCGUUCAUCGCGAUAUUAAAGGUGACAAUGUUCUCGUCAACACGUACAGUGGCGUUGUGAAGAUUUCGGAUUUUGGAACGUCGAAGAGGCUGGCGGGGUUAUGUCCGAGCACUGAAACAUUUGCCGGGACUCUUCAGUACAUGGCGCCUGAGGUUAUAGACAAGGGGCAGAGAGGGUACGGUGCUCCUGCUGAUAUUUGGUCGCUUGGGUGCACUAUUGUGGAAAUGGCCACAGGCAAACCCCCAUUUAUCGAGUUAGGGUCGCCCCAAGCAGCCGUUUUUAAAGUAGGGUACUAUAAAGCACACCCUCAAGUUCCUGAAGAAUUGUCUGACAGGGCUAAGCACUUCAUAUUGCGGUGUUUUGAACCAGAUCCGGAUAAAAGGGCUUCCGCUGCGCAACUGCUGGAAGAUCCCUUCAUAGGUUCUGAGAGAAAGAAAAGCGUCCGGUUAAACACCGAGUUCAACCGUAGCGUGUCAGUGCCCGUCGACAAAGUAAUUCCCAGACUUCCAGGCUGCAGUGCACCUAAUCAGACACCGACAACACCAGAGUCUGACUCCCAAAGCAGAGGCUCCCUACUACCGCCCAUACAAAUGCCUACAUCACUUACAUUCAACAGUCUAGCGUCAACCCCUUCCCUCGAAAUCGAAUCGUGCCAAGACGGCACAGAGAGAAGAAACUCCUCUGGAACGUUGUUGUCCCCGGAAGUUGACGCCAGCACCGAAACCGACGGUUUUUACCUACUUAAAAAAGACUCACAAAGACGCACAACACUUGCCAAGGUGCUCGCCCAAGAUGGAGCCAAAGUCUGUGAUGUAUGGAUGCAAAAAAUUAGAGAUAAAUACGUUGGAGAGACUGUGCUUACGCAAAAACAUCUUGCCUCGCUUAUGGACGCUUUGAAGGAAUAUCUAACUGAACAAUCGCUCUCGGUUGUCGAAACUGCCGUCCGGCAGCUAAAGGAAGAGCUUGAUUUUGACGUGACGGCGAUAAAUCAACUCCAAUUCGCCAUUUAUUUGUACCAGGAAUCCGUCAACGAAGUUCUACGUCUACAUCCGAUCAAACCUCACUGGAUGUUCGCUCUCGACAACCUAGUUCGGUCAGGUGUUCAAGCCGCAAUAACGGUUUUAUCACCUGAACUGGGAGAAAACCUGGCCAAUCACAGCUCCCCGAGCACCGUGAACUCGGCGAAGUCGACCAAAAGCACCGAGAGCUUCGAUCUUCGCGACCAGGUUGUGCAAUUUCGCUCCGAGAAUGGCAGGCUCCUGCACGAGUUGCUAGAAUCGCAGAAGCAGUACCAGGUUUUGGUGAAGCAGUUGAUCGAGAGCCUCCAGCACCAGUCUGAAGCUAUCAAGGAAAUUUGCUCGCGCCGCGAAUGCCAAAUCAAAGAUGAGUUCGACGAAGACCCGAGGUUGGCGAGCUGGCUGCAAGGUUUGGGGGUUAACGAGUACUGCCGGAGGAAAAUUUUAGCCGAGGGGUACACUUUGGACGAAGUGUUGUACAACAUCGCGAGGGAGGAUUUGCAGAGGAUUGGUCUACGGGGGGCAGUCGAGUUUCGCAUUUGGAGAGCUAUCGAACAACAUAGGCAAAGUACUACCGUUUAUUUAUGUAACGGGCUAUCAGACGAAACAAGUACUGUCUAAACCAUCAAAGUUUCUUUAUUACCAGACUGUGAUUUUUUUGUUUUCUUUUUUUUUAUUAAGAAUCUUCUUUAAUUUGAAGUGCAAUGAUAUUUAUUGUAUCAAAUGAAUAUUUAUUAAGUUAUACAGAUCAUAUUGUUUU